AUAGAUAAGUCUUCCCAGUUUGACCAAAAAAAUAAAAAGAUAGAUAGAUUUUCCCUCUGGUUUGUAAAAUCUCUAGAACUUGUCCUCUCUUUCUUCUUAGCCGUUGCUCAAACCUGAGAAAAAUGCUGACUCUACUCUUCUUUCUCGGACUCCUCCUUCUUCUUGGUCUUCUCCUCAAAUUCGCAGUUGCUGACGGGGACUUUACCCUGAUUUCCAAGAAGGAAGUGAAGUGCGAAGCCAUAGAAGGAAAGGUGGUCUGGAUCACAGGGGCUAACCGUGGGAUUGGGGAAGCUCUUGCUAAACAGUUUGCUAGUUUAGGUACCAAACUUAUUCUUUCUGCUAGGAAUGAAGCUGAGCUGUUUCGGAUUAAAAGUGAGCUCAAAGGUAAAUAUGCACCAGAACAUGUCAAGGUUUUGCGUUUAGAUUUACCUAGCAGCGAAGAGAGGCUCAAAAAUGUUGUAGAGCGAGCAGUGUCGCUUUUCCCUGGGGAUGGUGUUGAUUAUUUGAUCCACAACGCUGCCUAUGAGGGUCCGAAAUCAAACGCAGUGGAUGCGAGUGAGGAAAAUCUUGAGACUACAUUCGGGGUUAAUGUAUUUGGGACAAUAUCUCUCACAAAGUUGGUAACUCCUCAUAUGCUGAAACGAGGAGGCGGUCAUUUUGUUGUGAUUAGCAGUGCCGCAGGGAAAGUACCAUCACCUGGUCAGGCUAUAUAUGCUGCUUCAAAUCAUGCUCUGCAGGGCUACUUCCACACCUUACGUUCUGAGUUCUUCCAGAAGGGAAUCAAGGUUACUGUUGUUUGUCCCGGUCCAAUAGAAACUUCAAAUGGUACAGGAACAUCAACUUCGGAAGACAAGAACUCUCCUGAGAAGCGUGUGUCAUCUGAACGAUGUGCAGAACUGACCAUAAUGGCUGCAUCUCAUAACUUAAAAGAAGCUUGGAUUUCAUAUCAGCCAGUACUGCUCGUGAUGUAUCUAGUGCAGUACAUGCCUUCCUGGCUCAUGGACAAGGUUGGAGGAGGGAAACGAGUGGAGGUUGCAGAAAAGAAAGUGUCUUGAUAAAUAAGCUUUGAACUCUUGUCAGUUGAUUUGGAUUGUGUUUGUGCUCAGAAAACAGUUUGUGGCCUUGUGAAUUACUAGCAACUAUAAGAAUUGGUGGUAAGAGUUUUCCUAUAAUGUGAUGGUUCUAUAAGAAUUGUUGCUUCCUGAA